AUGGAUUUUUUAUUAUUUUCUACAUGGGCUUGUCUGUCAACAUGUUUAUCUUUUAGUACUUUAGCAGAUGACUGCAACUUUAAAGUAUCAAUGGAAUUGAAAAAGACUGGUUUCCAUAGGGAAUUGGAGACGAUUGUCCUGUUCAAAAACAAGCACUUUGACAAGAUGUUGUUGGUAUACAGCUGGCCAAAAGACAUCUAUGUUGAUCCUUUUCAACUCUCAUCGUUGAGGAACCAAAUCAACUGGGAGAUGUUACUAGGUACUACCAUGGACCUUGAGUUGCCAGCUCACAAGUCUUCUGGAUUUCGCACAUACCUGUUUCUAAAAAUGGAAGAAAUAACAGCUGGACACAUGAAAUUGACAAUACCAAUCCAUGGUCGUUACCAAAAACCCUCCUUCAAUGGCAAUGCUUUCAACUCCAUAGAUAUAUAUCCCCCCAAUCUACUGCUUCGUCCUGUUGAAACGUGUACCCAAGUCAACAACUUUGGCUCUGUCACAACCACUGUUGUGGAUGCACCGUGCACUGCAAAGAACUCAAGCAUCUGUCAGUGGGCUAAUGUUCACUUUCAUCAGCCUGAUCCUGUGAUACUACAACUUCCUGUUGGAGAUGCAUCACUUGUCAUUCAUCGUAAGCCCGAGACUCGUGGAUCGAUCGGGGGUUUAGCUGUUGUGGGUUUCUCCGGUUCCCAUUGGUGCUUCCUCACCGGCUGCAUGCUGAUGUGA